AUGGCGUGUCUCAUCCGGCCGGCCUGCAGCAGCGACUGUGACCUGCUCAUGAGCUUCAUCAAGGACAUUGCUGACUAUCACAACUUAUUGCAGGAGGUCACCAUCAGCGCUGAAGAUCUGAAAGCAGAUGGCUUUGGCCCAGAUCCCUUCUUCAAGUGUCUGAUGGCUGAAGUGCCCCCUGAAGACCCCUCCAAGCAAGGGCGCCCGAUCGGGUACGCCUUGUACUAUAAGGCAUAUUGCGUCAACCACGGAAAGAAGAUAUAUUUGGAAAAUCUAUACGUGGUGCCGGAAUUUCGCGAUAAAGGAAUCGGAAAGCAGUUGCUGAUCAAACUUGCCGAAGUUGCGCUCGCCGCCGGCUGUACCGGGAUGAAAUUUAGCACCAUGGAGGGGAACCAGCGGGCGAAGAAUUUGUACCUGCGGCUCGGAGCCGAGGACACCACCGAGUCCUUUCACUGGCACUGCAUGGAGUUCAGCCAGGAGGCCCUGCAAAGGCUCGCCCAGGGCGGGCAGGCCUCGUGA